AUGUCUCCGGCGGCCGGAGUAGCCGAGCGGCGGCGUCCCAUCUCGAGCGUCGGGGAGGGCCGGGGCCGGGUUCGUGGCGGGCCGACCGGCGCGCUGCUGCUGGGCCUGGCGCUGCUCGGCCUGGUGCUGUGCCUGGUACCAGCGGCAGCAGCGCUGGCCUGGCUGGCCGUGGGGGCCACCGCGGCCUGGUGGGGGCUGACCCGCGAGCCCCGAAGUCCGCGCUCCUCGUCCGCACGGUUCGCGCGGCGCCCGAGAACGUUGCUGGCCUCGCCUCCCGCCAAGGCGGCGGCGAACGGAGGCGUCCCGGAGCCGCGGAGCCUACUCGAAGGACCUGACCCCGCCGAACUGCUCCUCAUGGGCAGCUACCUGGGCAAGCCGGGCCCGCCACCCGCGCCCGCCCCCGAGAGGCCGGACCUGCGUCCCCCGCCGCCCGCGCGCUCCCCGCCGCCGGGCCCGCGCCUCCACCGCGCCGGACCCCCGCUCCCCACGCCGCUCCUUGGGCCCUCCAGGAGGCCUUUCCAGCGGGACAGUGAGUCUUCAUCCAACCGCUUUGUGAUAACGCCUCGCAGACACUACCCAAUCCAGCAGGCCCAGUACUCCUUGCUGGGAGUGCUGCCUACAGUGUGCUGGAAUGGUUGUCAUAAGAAGACUGUGCUCUCUGCACGGAACUCUAGGAUGGUGUGUAGCCCAGUGACUGUGAGAAUUGCCCCUCCAAACAGCAAACUGAUGCGUUCUCCAGUAUCAGAGCAGAUAGUGAACCCAGCACUGUCCUCACCAACAAUAAAUGCCCCAGACCCAUGUGCAAAGGAGACCGUCCUGAACGCCCUCAAAGAGAGGAAGAAAAGGGCUGUGGAGGAAGAAGACCAGAUCUUCUCUGAUGGCCAGGAAAACAAGAGACGGCGCCAUGAUAGCAGUGGGAGUGGACAUUCUGCAUUUGAACCUCUCGUGGCCAAUGGGAUCCCAGCUUCUUUCGUGCCUAAGCCUGGAUCUCUGAAGAGAGGCCUCACUUCCCAGAACACAGAUGACCACUUGAAUAAGCGGUCACGCACCUCUUCUGUGAGCUCCCUGACGAGCACGUGCACUGGAGGAAUCCUGAGCUCCAGCCGCAAUGCCAUCGCCAGCUCCUACAGCUCCUCCCGAGGCAUGCCACAGCUAUGGAAGAGAAGUGGCCCCACAUCCUCCUCCUUCUCCAGCCCAGCUUCCUCCCGCUCCCAGACUCCAGAGAGGCCAGCCAAGAAAACAAGAGAAGAGGAGCCGUGUCAUCACUCCAGCUCCUCACCUCCACUCGUAGCAGACACAGAGUCACAGGGAGAAAAGGUUGCAGACGUGGCUGCAGGGAUGCAGCAGGGCCCCAGUCCUGCCCCUCCCACACCUGGCACCUCUGGGAAACGGAAAAGGAAGACGCCACUGCUGCCUUCCCGGCGGGGGGACCAGCUGACCUUGCCUCCGCCGCCUCAGCUUGGCUAUUCCAUCACUGCUGAGGACCUGGAUAUGGAGAAGAAGGCAUCGCUGCAGUGGUUUAACAAGGCGCUGGAGGACACCACUGAUACCUCUUCUACCUCUGUCACCGAGACCCCGCCAGCAUCUGCCCAGCCCUCCUUUACCUUCUCCCUGCCUGCUGUGGCACCAUCUCCUUCGGCAGCCUCUUCCCCAGCCUCCCUCCCGGCCUCCUCUCUGGCCUCCCUCCCAGCCCCUGCUGCUAACCCGCUGUUGGAGAGCUUGAAGAAGAUGCAGGGCCCCCUGGUACUGCCAGCUUUCCCAGAGUCUGUGAGGGCAGCGGCCACUUCUGCCCCUUCGCCUCCCAAGACGGCCAGCCCUGGCCCCACACCGCCUGCAGCCGCCUUUCCCGAGCUGGCCAAGGACACCAAGUCACCUCUCACCCCUGUCCCUGAGUCCCCUGCCAGUGCCCUAGGCACCCCUGCUCCAUGCCCCACCCCCAAUCCCAGCACGCUGUGUGGGGUGCCCAGUAGCACACUUCCUAGCCCUGCUGCUGCCUCCUCCACUUCCCCCUCCACCACCACAGCCACCGCAGCCACCACUGCUGCCACUAUCACCACUGCCACCACCGCCACUACUGUGGCUGCUCCAACGCCAUCUGCUCCAGUAUCUCCCAUGUUCAAGCCUAUUUUUCUGGCCACACCUAAAAGUGAGGGCGCCAGCCCCUCAUCGCCCGUGCUCACUGGUGGUACUGCGGCCACCCCAGCCUUCAAGCCGCUCUUUGGCAGCAUGGGGCCACCAGCCUCCGUGUCCCCAGCCUCCCCAUUUUUGAAGCCAACCACAGCUGCGACCACAACCACAGCCACCUCCGCCCCUGCCUUUGCCGGGCUGGCCACCACUGCCACCGCCACCACUACCACGGCCUCACUCACCACCAGCUCAUCCACAGACUCUGCCACAAAGCCAGUGUUCGGCUUCACCGGGCCCAGUGCAGCCUGCACCACAAGCACAGAGCCCGGCACCUCCAACUCGCAGCCGUUCCUCUUCGGGGCAACCCCAGCCUCUGCCAGCAGCUUCCCUGCUCCUGGGGGCCCCGUGUUCCAGUUCGGCAAGGCCCCUGCCCCACUGACCCCGGCAGCUAGCACCUUUGGGCAGCCGCUCUCCAGCGCCGCCGCACUCCCGUCCAACAGCAGCGGCUCCACCACCUUCAGCGGCUUUGGCAGCGGGCUCACCACCUCGGCCUCCACCAGCCAGCCCAGCCUCACCUUUAGCACCGCCACCCCUGCCUUCAACAUUCCUUUCGGCUCUGGCACCAAGGCAGGGCUCCCGCCCUACCCAGGCACCAGCACCCAGCCAGCAUUUGGGGCCACUGAGGGGCCGCCUCCAGGGACCACCAAACCCACCCUCACCCCAAGCUUCGGCAGCGCCUUCACCUUCGGGACCUCUGCAGCCCCAGCCCCGGCGGCUCCGCCAGCACCUGCCCCAACCCCCACGCCUGCUCCUGCAGCCUUCGGGGCUUCUGUGCUCCCGGCUUUCGGUGCUCUGAAAGGCACAGCAUCUGCCUUUGGCGCCCCAGCCAGCACGCAGCCCACCUUCGGCAGCACUACCACCAUUUUCUCCUUUGGGACAGCCACCACCCAGACCACCAGCACGGGGACCACCAGCUCCGUGUUUGGCAGCUCCACCCGGGCCCCAUUCACCUUUGGGAGCUCAGCCACCCCAGCCGGCAGUGGGGGCUUUGGGCUUGGUGUGGCAACCCCAAGCUCCAGCUCUGGAGCCUUUGCUUUCGGAGCCGGACAGGGUGGGACCACAGGCGCUUCCACUGCCUUCGGUGGUGGCUUGAGUCAGAAUACCCUAGGCACAGCUGGCCAGAACACACCCUUCGUCUUCAACAUGGCGGGCACGCCUGAGAGCAAGCCCGUGUUUGGAGGCACUUCUACCCCUACCUUUGGCCAGAGCACCCUUGCUGCUGGAGUGGGCUCGGCAGGCAGCAGCCUCUCCUUUGGGACCUCCUCAACACCUACCCAAGGCUUCACCGGGGUUGGACCUUUUGGAUCAGCAACACCUUCUUUUUCUAUCGGUGCUGGAUCCAAGACUCCUGGGGCUCGACAGCGACUGCAGGCCCGAAGGCAGCACACUCGCAAGAAGUAGCCCCGCCCCUGCCCCAGGACUCCGCCCCUACCCUCAUCUGGACCUCAGCACCUGCUAGGAAGAGCCUCAGAAUUCCAUAACGCAAACCCAGCCUGGAUUUCUAGCUCCAGCAGCCAGGGUGGAGCCCAAGAGGAGGCUGGCACCGCUGGAGGAGGUGGCAGGGCGCCAGCCCGGUACCUUAACCUGAACAGUCCAACAGGUGAGGCUGGAGAACUAAAGAACAUGUGUACAUACUGCGCUCCCUUCCCUGACUGUGACACCGUGUGGUCAGGCGCGCCCCCCCCCCCCCCACUGCUGGGGAAUGGGGUCACAAAUGACCCUCAAAUUUCCCACAUCUUGCUGCUUUAUCCUCCCUGGUUCCCCAGGGGACCUGGGAGUCUGGCUUUGCCGCCCCCUGCCCUGCGCUCCUCUCUCGUUUCAUCUCCAGCCUCUCCACCAGUUUGGCCACCAAGCUGGGGCUCAAGACUGUUAGCCUGUUUGAACCAGGGGUGAGCCCCACUCCAGGAAGGAAGCUCCUGGGGUAGGCAGGAUGCCCACCACUGCCCCCCCCCCCCCCCCCCGCCAACCAUGUCUGCCUCUCUGGGAUUGUUUGUUCAAGCUUUGUCCUGUGUUAGUCCGAUGCUCAUGUGUUGCUCUUUGAAUCGAGUUUGGAGGAAGAACUGAGUUGUAUGUAUGGCGGCAUUUUGGUAGUGCCGGAAUUAACUGUCUUCAGCCCCAGGGCUUACUGAAUGUGGAAAGUGGCGCCCUUGACGCCCACAGUGCUGACUCGUGAAUUUCCAGUGGUGUUUUCACUUAGAAGGGCUGGCAGCCUGGGUUUGGGGCCGGGGAAGACUUCCCUCUGCAGCUCCUCUCCUUCCUCAGCCCCUCCCUCCCUGCAGAGGCCUCUGGGCCCCAGGCCCAAACCCUUCCCUGCCCCCACAGCCUCGCUGCCCUGCCAACCUCUUUGCGAGAAGUAUGAAUGCGUGUGUCUAAAUUAAAAGAAAAAAUAUUUAAACAUUUUUUUAACAAGAUAAAUUUAUUUUUGUAUUUAAGCUAAAUUGCCUUUUAAAUUCCUUCAAGCUUGGUUCACUGAGGUGGUUCAGUAUAAGCACUGUCUAGCGGUGUAGUUGGUGUAGUUGUCCUGCCCGGGUGGAGGGCCCGGCGCCACUGGACACAUGGAAGCAUAGUUGCGUCAUAGAUAAUGUGCUGUAGCUGUGACAGUCCCCUUCCUUGGUGACCGGGGUUGAAUGCUGUGUGAUGGCACUGCCCAUCUUGCCCCUGUACCCCAUGAGCUGGCAGCUGACCACUUAGGCCUGGCCACAUGCAACUGAAGGAGCCUGGCCCUCAAAGCCCCAACAUCUGUUACCGUGGGGGAUGAGCUAGACCAGAAGCCUCCCCCACACCUCAGGUCAAGGCAGGCCAGCAUGUGCAGGUCCUGCCAGCACCAAACUGGAGGUGGCAGGGGCUUCCUGCUAGACUUCAUUCCUGCCGAGUCUGCUUGAGGUUUUUAGUAUGGAUGUGAGAAUUUUCUCCUUGCUAUGUCAUUAAGAAUAAAAACUGUGAUCUGUCAUA